AUGAAGACUAUAGGAGGUAAUAGCCAAAAUAACAAAGAUCCCAACCUUGAACUCUCUCUCCAUAUGCCAUCUCAGCCUCCACUUGAAUGGGGUCAACCGUCGACACCGACAUCGCCCCAAACUCCAAACCAACCAGUGGCGGUCUCUUGUUCCAUCGAGCAAACUAUGAACCAAUCGGUGGCGGUCCCUUGCUCCAGCGAGCAAACUAUGAACCAACCGGAGGCGAUCCCUCACGCCAUCGAGCAAAUUUUGAGUCAACAGGUGGCAGUCACUCGUGGGGAAACUCCGAACCAAUUGGUGAUGACCCCAAACCCCUUAGGGGAAGCUUUGAACCAACCGGUGGCGAUCCCUUGUGCCACCGAGCAAUGCCGGUUGGUUCGAAGUUUGAGCCUACCGACGACAAUCACUCGGCCCAUUGGGGAAACUCUGAACGAAUUGUUGGCAAUCCCUCACACCGUAAAUGAAACUUUGAACCAAUCGAUGACGAUCCCUCACAACAUCGAGCGAACUUCUAGCCUACCGGCGACAAUCACUUGGGCCAUCAAGGAAACUCUUGACCAAUUGGAGGAGAUCCCUCACAACAUAAGGGAAACUUCGAACCAACCGGUGGCGAUCCCUCGCGCCAUCGAGCGAACUUCUAGUCAACCGGCGACAAUCACUUGGGCCAUCGGGGAAACUCUUAACCAAUUGGAGGAGAUCCCUCACACCAUAAGGGAAAAUUCGAACCAACCUGUGGCGAUCCCUCGCACCAUCGAGCAAACUUCGAGCCAAUCAACACCAAUUAUUCGAGGCAUCAGAGAAACUCUAAACCAAUCAGUGACAAUCCCUCACAACAUAAGGGAAACUUCGAACCAACCAAUGGCAAUCCCUAGUGCCAUCGAGCAAACUUCUAGCCAACCGGCGACAAUCACUUGGGCUAUCGGGGAAACUCUUAACCAAUUGGAGGAGAUCCCUCACAACAUAAGGGAAAAUUCGAACCAACCGGUGGCAAUCCUUCACGCCAUCGAGGAAACUUCAAGCCAACCAACGACAAUCACUCGAAACAUUAGAGAAACUCUAAACCAAUUAUUGACAAUCUCUCACAACAUAAGGGAAACUUCGAACCAAUCGGUGGCGAUCCCUCACGCCAUCGAGCAAACUUUGAGCCAACCAACGACAAUCACUCAAGCCAUCAUGGAAACUCCGAACCAACCGAUGGCGAUCCCUCAGACCGUAGAAGAAACUCCAAACCAAUCAACGACAAUCCCUCAAGCCACAAAUGGACACUCUACAUCAAGACCUAGACGAAGACGAAGUAGAACGAGAGCAGACACCAGGAGGAUCGAGCCACCGUAUCCAUGGUCGGCCGAGCAACGAGCAUCAAUCCACAAUCUCGAGUACCUCCAAUCAAACAACAUCGUAAUGAUCAAAGGCGAUGUGAGGUGCAAAAAAUGCGAGAGAUAUUACGAAAUCGAGUACAAUUUGAUGAACAAGUUCGAUGAGAUAGCAAGAUUCAUAGAAAGAGAGAGAGAUAACAUGCAUGAUAGAGCUCCAAUUUGUUGGAAAAACCCUAUUUUACCAAAUUGUGAGCAUUGCAGGGAAGAAAACUGCGUAGAGCCAAUGAUACCCGAUGAGGAGGACGACAACCAAUUCAGAAGAAUCAAUUGGCUGUUCUUGCUUUUGGGGCAAUUGAUUGGACGUUUAAAGCUCAAACAGCUCAAAUACUUCUGUGCUCAUACCUAUAACCAUCGAACCGGGGCUAAGGAUCGUCUCAUCUUUCUCACUUAUCUUGCGUUGUGUAAGCAACUUCAACCCUCAAAUCGUCUCUUCAACUGCUAA